AUGACUUUGGGCAGCAGCGGCGGCGGCGGCUGCGGGAUCAUGUCCGAGCGCUCCCCGGAGGAAGAGCCGCUCUCCGAGGUGGAGGACGCGGAUAUCGACGUGGUGGGCCCGCCCCAGGAUGGGGGCAAGUACAGCGAGGACGAGGAGGAGGAGGAGGAGGACGAGGAGGAGGAGGACGAGGAGGACGGCGGCGAUCCGCUGGGGCUCGCCCUGCCGCGGAGCGGGGCCGCCAAGGCGCGCAUGGGGGGGUCCCCGGAGCGGCUCUCCCCCGCCGGCGGCUCGGAGCCGGCGUGCGCCCGCGGCGCCGCGCCCGGGGAGAAGGCGCCCGCGGGAGGCGGCGGCGGCGGCGCGGGGGGGAAGAACCCGCUGGUGAAGCCGCCCUACUCCUACAUCGCCCUCAUCACCAUGGCCAUCCUGCAGAGCCCCAAGAAGCGGCUGACGCUGAGCGAGAUCUGCGAGUUCAUCAGCGGGCGCUUUCCCUACUACCGGGAGAAGUUCCCCGCCUGGCAGAACAGCAUCCGCCACAACCUCUCCCUCAACGACUGCUUCGUCAAGAUCCCCCGGGAGCCCGGCAACCCGGGCAAGGGCAACUACUGGACGCUGGACCCCGAGUCCGCCGACAUGUUCGACAACGGGAGCUUCCUGCGCCGGAGGAAGCGCUUCAAGCGGCAGCAGCAGCUGCACCCGCCGCACCCCGAGCUGCUGCUGCGGGCCGGGGCCGCCGACACCGCCGCCUUCCUGCCCGGCUUCGCCUACGGACCCUACGGCUACAACUACGGCCUGCAGCUCCAGGUACCCCCACCACCACCAUCACCACCCCGGCGGCGGAGGCGGCGCGCCGCGGGCGCCUUCCCCUUCCCGGCGCCGCACUGCCCGUUACCGGCUCCGCCGCCUCCCGCCGCCGCCUCCGUCUUCUCCGCCGCCUCGGGGCUGCCCUCCUUCCUGGGCGGCGAGCUGAACUGCAGGAAGUCCUUCUACCACCCCCAGCUGAGCCCCACCGCCCUGCCCGCCGCCCUCCUCCAGACCCUCAAGCCGGACCCCACGCCCGCCGGCGGCGGCGGCGGCAGCGGCGGCAGCACCAACCACCCGUCCCGGCCCUCUUUUUCCAUAGACAACAUCAUCGGGGCCGUGCCCCCGCCGCCCAGCACCAACCCCAGCGCCGCGCCCGCCGCGCCCUACCCCGCCGGCCAGGCGGGCCCCCCGGCGCAGGUCCUGGCCGUGCUCAGCCCCGCCUUGGCCCCGGCACAGCCCCAGGUCAGCCUGGCACACGAGCCGCUCCUGCAGCCGGCCCAGAACUUUUCCAGUAAAAUCACAACCCUGAGCAGCUGUCAUUUUUAA